AUGCACAUUCCAGCCAACUUCCGCCAAUUUGACAUCCGUCAGGAUGGCCCGGGCACCAUCGACAACAUUAACCCCUCCAACAACAACAAUAAUAACACUGACAGCAGCCAAGAUAAGACAAACUCGUCUCAUACGAGUAGCUCGGACAAGAACAAUAUUGUCAUAAUAUGUGUCGCUUGCAUUAUCUUUGUCCUGGCCUCCGCCCUAAUGAUCUACUUCGUCCUACGGACCCUCCGCCGCAUGGACUGUCGACCGAAAUAUCUGCCCGGAAAAUUCCUGAAAGAUAAAUGGAAUAGGUGGAACGUGGGCGUUUCGUACGGUCAGGUCCCGGAUGGAUCGUCGUCGAAUAACCAAAAUGCGAACGCCACCAGAGCCGCUCCCUCCGAGGGAGGCGCCGAAAUGCGAACCACCACCGCUGCCGCCCCGGCCGCCAAUAAUACUAGCAAUGUUCGGCGCGAUACAUCGGUUCGAUCGGUCAUCACCCUCCCCGCAUACUCAGCCAGUCCGAAACCAACCGAACAGGUCAUUGCUCGAGAAGGGGAACGAGAAGGCAUGGACAUGGUGGUGGAAUUCCCCGAAACAGCGGAAGAAGAGGAGUCUCGCAGAGAAGAAUUGAUGGAGUCACUGUACCAAAUUCGCUUGCAACGGCGAGAUGACCUGGCCGAACGUGAGUGGCGCCGACAGGAGCGUCGGGAGGCCCGUGAGCGCGGGGAUUAUAUCCGUCUCGAACAACUUCGGCAAGAAAGUCGCGCCCGACAAAGAAGUCGCAUAUCGGUCAAUGGUACCAGCACGAAUCUCAGCGCGGCUUUGGCCGAAUCUCGGAAUCGUGGUCGCGAUAGGCGCAUCUCGAGUGUAUCGUACGCCGAGUUGGGCCAUGUUCGCCAUGACGGGUCGCGGAUUAGAGCUAGUUCGCCCGACUCAGACCGUCGCCCUCUCCUCACCGAUGCUUCCAACCCUGAUCGAUCUUCUGGGUCGAUUCUCACCGGCGUUCAUUCCCGAGGCGAGUCGUACUCGUCGUAUCAGUCCAAUGGCACCGACGCAGACACUCUCACCCAGGUCCAGUCGCAUGCAACGUCGACCCAUUCAGCGGACCAGCCAUCAACGGGAACCGAUGAGAGCGACGUUGGAGCACUCCAUAUUCCCCCACCCGAGUACGAGGACUUGGACUGGGGAGAAGCGCCGCCUUAUACCAGUCCGGUUACAGAGACCAGCGGGCACGCGCCACACCUGCGUGAAUUGACCCCUCUACCUACUAUUCAUAUCGAUGUCGCUAGCCCCAUUAGCAAUACCCCGACAACCCCUACAAAUCCCCUCCGGGAGGAGCGGGAAGAGCAGCAUUCCGCUGAGCCACACCCCACCGAGGCCCCUUCCACCGAGGCCCCCUCUACUGACGAACGGGUCGACGAAGAACACACGGCUUCUGAACACGCCGAAGCACACCUGCUGGAGAAUGAUUCUCAUGCUCACCAAUCUACCCGGGUCACUACAACGAACAGCUUCGCGUCUUUCGGCUCAGACUUCGACCCCGAGCACGAGGCGAUCGCAUCUACCAAAGAGCUUGGUGGUAGCCCCCGGCUUCCUUCCAUGAACGCCAACGCCAGGAAGCGCCACGACUUCGAAGAAGAAGAGCCGGAUUAUGCCUUCAACACAUCCACUUUCGAACAAUACCUACCCAACUUCUCCCCGGUCGGCACGUCAGAAGAAGAAGAAGCCGACGACCACGACGAUAGUAUCUCCAUCGAGGCGGGACGAGGCCCUGCGAAACCUCCCCGUCGAUUGGACGACUCGAGAAACUCCUACAUGACCAUCGAGAACAGUGUCCGCUCGUCAUCUCCAGCUGUGAGACUCGACUAUCCUACUUCCAAUACCCCUCAGAAGUCUGCCCUGCGUAACUCGGCGAGAAGAGCGGUCAGCGAAAGUCUCCGAAAGGACGCUCAGAUCCGACGCGCCAGUCUUGCUCAUAAAGAGAACGUUGAUCCCCAGUCGGCAAAGUCGAUUCGCAGAGAGCAGCGGCGGACUUUGUCAGAGAUGCAUGCAAAGGUCCGUGAUGCAUAUGAGGGAUCCUUGAUUGAAGAUGAAAGGCCCACCGUGGUGGCCAACAGUACGCGUCCGACACGUUUUGCCAAUCCCAAUCUCUCCCACCAAAUUGCCGACGCCGUGGAGAAGGCUUCCCAGGAAGCUUACGCUCGGGAACUUCGUCGUGGAAAGACCAGCACCAACUCGCGCAACGCGCCUAAUGCAGGUGACACAGGCACUCAGCAUUCGUUCCUUCUGCCGGACCUUCCUAAUCUGUCCGAAUUGGUCUCCGGCGUAUAUGAAGAUGGCACGCCGGUCUACGCACGCCAGAACAGAGCACGCACGACACGUUUUGUGUCCCCUCCACAUGAUGCCACUGAUGCAUCCUUGACUCGCGAACAUAUGCCUCUUGAUGCAGUCCCGAUCCCAGAAGAUGAGAAGGCUUUGUUUGUCUCGUUGAGACUCCUUCAGGACAAGGUCUCGGAACUCGAAAGGUCCAAGUCUGAAGCCGAACGUAGGAUGGACGAGAUGAGACGGGAGAAUGAGUCCUUGAGAACAACCAAGUCGCGCAACAAGGACAAGAACGGUCGCAGCCGCCCAUACGAAUCAGAGGAGGAUGAGUACAGGAGGGAUCGAGUUGCCAGCGAUUACCAAAAGUUGGAUGCUGCCAAUCUGGCGUUGCAGAAUAGACUCGACAUUCUCGAAAGAAAGAGCCAGAUUCAGGAGUCGAGUCUGAAACGGCUGAACCGGGAACGCGAUAUGGCGGUCUCUCAGUUGGGCGUGGCCUACCUUGAAACGCAAGACCUCAAGGGCGAGAAUGAGAGUCUUCGCCAAGAGGUCUCAGAGCUGAAGUCGCAGCUGACCAAGAUUCUGUCUGCCGGCCCCAGAAACCGCGACGACACCGUCGAAUCAGACUUGUCUUCUUCUAUGACUGAUGCAAGUGAUGAAGAUAGCCAGCUUGACACGCAGCAAAGCAAGCACACGAGCCGAAGCACGAGGGACGUUACAGGCAAGAGUUCACGCUCUCGAUCUAAGGCUGGGCGUCAAGAAGACUCGCGCGCCAGGGUCUCGACGCAAGUCGACAAGGAGAUAUCUCGACUCGAAAAAGAAAGGGCAGACGAAGCUUUGUUCUCACUUGAUGUCCCGCAGAGCAGGGAAAAGUCGAGGACAAAGGCAGAGAAGUCCAAGAGCCGCUCACAGAGCAGUGAUGUGAACAGCAAGAAACAGUCAAAUACUGGCAAGCAGCGCGUCAAGCGAGUGGUUGUCGAAGAGGUUGACGUGACUGAGCCUGUUGAGUCCACUGGAGAGGUCACCGGAAACACCAAGAAAUCCAGCGCAACCGAGCAGGACCUGACUUUGCUGAGCUUUGUUGAUGAACGCGAGAUUGCCCAGUUGCGGAAGACACUGGAGGAGGAACGACUGGCUCGGAAACGGCGCCAAUCCAACACGAACAAAGAUCAGACUGCAAAUGAAACAGGGAAUACGACCCGCCAGAGUGUUGCUAAAUCGGCUGUCCCUAAGAAGUCUUCCCUCAAGGAAAGCAAGGGGGUGCCAUCCAGACCCGCCUCGGCAAUGGGCGACUUGACCGCAACCUCCAGGGCCAGCAUGGCGGAGGGAGACAGUAACCUGUCGGUGCCUACCGAACGUCCCAGACGCCAUUCGGACCACUCCGCGCCUGCUGCUGCUCAGCGGCGCCGGCGGCGGAUCGCCGAAGAAAUGACUUCGGCCUUCAUUCUGCCUGAUAUCACAUUCAACCCUGCCCAUCUGGCCGACAACAACCUUGCAAAGCUUCCCGAACCUGCACAGCGUGCUCUCGACAGUGCCACUCAACACAAUGGCAAAAACUGCACCGUCUGCAAGCGUUCCAUCCCUGGUGGCUCUUGUGACCAUACCGGCGAAGCAGUUAAGGUUCCCAAGCCCAUUCCGGUUUCGGAGCGUAUGCCUGCGCCUUCUCCCUACAAUGAAGAACCUACUCUACGGCCUGCACAAUCCCCCGAACUUGCCCUUGCGACCGUGCUUAAGGCCUUGGAAGAUGAGCUCGCACACUUGAAGAUGCAGUUGGUGGCCUAUCAGGGCGCGUACAACAAGCUGGAUGCGUCAUUGAGCAAGAGACAGAGGAAGUCUGUGGCUGAGAAGAUUGAAAAGCUGCUGAAGGAUAUCGACAUGAAGGCCGACCAGAUCUAUGCGCUCUACGAUGUUCUCGAGGGCCAAAAGCAGGAUGGCCGUGAGAUGACCGAGCAGGAGAUGGAGGUGACUCUUCAAUCGAUCGGCAUUGAGACCGCAGGGCGGGCAGCUGAUGUUACUGGCACCACUGACAAGUCUUCUCGCAAAGGCGCCGAGCCGGACUACGAUGAGGAUGACGACGAACUUCCCUGGGAAGGAUUUGAGAGCACACUAGAGAUGACCGGCCGCAACCCGAUCCUCGAUCGUGAGUUUCUCUACAUGACCUCUACACCGCAUCAGGAUGCCCGCCACCUGCACACCGACUAUGUAGAUACUCCUGCGACCGAUUCGCGUGUCCGCCAGGAUCCGUACCAGCCGGAAACCCAGUUCUUAUCCCCGAGGAUCUCCCUCGAUUCGUUUGCGGACGGCGACGAGGCGAGCGUCAACACGGCAAUCCACGAUGGCAGCUCCGCGCAGACCCGUAUACUUGCGCCUGCGCCCGAGAUUAUCGCGUCACGGCGCUUAUCAGAUGAGGACGAGGACGAGGACGAGGAUGAGCCCAACCACAGCGACACCACCAAUCCGCCCAGCGAAAAGCCAGUGACUUGGUCCUCGUUGCCGAAGAAGAGCCAGCUCGCUAUCUUGACCAUUGCUCGGCUGUCGGAGCCGCUUACCCAGACAUCGCUGCAGGCCUACAUGUUCUACCAGCUCAAGUCCUUCGACCCCUCCCUUCCGGACUCGACCAUCUCCACGCAGGCGGGGAUUCUCCAGGGCAGUUUUACCGCCGCGCAGUUUCUGACGGCUGUUUGGUGGGGUCGCCUGGCCGACGCGGAGUGGAUGGGCAGGAAACGAGUCCUUCUUAUUGGGUCGCUCGGAACUUGUAUCUCGUGUUUGGGAUUCGGGUUUUCCAAGUCGUUUCUUGCUGCGGCGGUGUUUCGCACGCUGGGUGGAGCGCUGAAUAGCAAUGUUGGUGUCAUGAGGACGAUGAUUGCGGAGAUUAUUGAGGAGAAGAAGUAUCAAUCGCGAGCGUUCCUCUUGUUACCUAUGUGCUUCAAUGUUGGUGUGAUUAUUGGUCCGGUUCUUGGUGGCGCAUUGGCAGAUCCGCUGAAUAGCUAUCCGCAUCUAUUCGGUCCUGGUACGCUCUUUGGAGGCCAGAAUGGAGUGGAGUGGAUGCGGAAAUGGCCGUAUGCGCUGCCUAACGUGCUCAGUGCGGUCUUUAUCUUUGUCUCCCUGGGUACUGUCUUCUUUGGACUGGACGAGACACAUGAGGUUGCACGGUAUCGAAGUGACUGGGGCCGGAAGUUGGGACGGAGAAUUGGGAGGGCAUUCAACCGGCGUCGAGGCCGGUAUUACCGCCGCUUGACGGAGCAUCCGGACGAUGAGUCUCUGUACAUCGACGGCAGCGUCGCGAGCAGAUCGGCUCCCUCCACGCCACUGCGCUCGCGCGCUCGACCUCGCCACAAGCGUCCCAGCUUCGGACAGAUCUGGACGCCUAAUGUCCUCCUCACGCUGUUGGCCCAGUUCCUUUUGGCGUUCCACACCAGCGCAUUCAAUUCGAUGACCUUUACGUUCUUGCCGACCCCCCGUGCCCUCGAAGGCAGCCGAGAUGGAUGGUUCCAUUUCGGCGGCGGUCUGGGCCUGCCCUCGUCUCGAGUCGGUAUGGCUACUGCUAUCAUCGGGGUCAUCGGGUUGCCACUGCAGAUCUUUAUCUAUCCCUGGGUCCAAGGGUAUUUGGGCACGUUGCCGUCUUUCCGGACGUUUUUGCCUUUUUCUUCCUUGGCCUAUGCCCUGAUGCCGUUCCUCUUGAUCGUCCCGCGAGUGGCGUGGAUGGUCUGGCCGGCCUUUACCUUUGUCAUCGGGCUGCAGGUUAUAUCCCGGACGUUUGCCCUGCCGGCCGCUGUGAUUCUGGUGAGCAAUUCGGUAUCGGAUCCGUCGGUCCUGGGGACCAUCAAUGGGGUGUCCCAGAGCAUCUCGAGUGCGGCGCGCACGCUGGGACCGUUCCUUGGCGGCUGGGGCUUGGGACUGGGACUGGACUACAACUUUGUCGGGGGGGUCUGGUGGGCACUGGCGCUGGAGGCCUUGGUGGGGUGGUUUGUCCUCUACUUCAUCUAUGAAGGCAAGGGCAUCGAGAAGAAGAAGCAUGUGGAGGAAAUCGAGGAGGCCGACGAGCGCUGUUGA